AUGGGAUACACAGAAGUUCUUACCUCUGUCGCAAGAUUCAAAAAGUCAUGCCUGCCGCCACAGUGGAACGGUCUAUUUACAGUCCUUUUCAAGGGCUUGUCGGAGAGAAGUUCAGGAUCAGAUGGUGCAAGUCGUCUCUUCCUCACCAUCAUGUACGGGGUUUACAAUGGGAUUAACCUGGACUAUGGGUUUGUCCUAUGGCAACAACUUAUUCAAAGCCUCUCCUCUUCAUCCCGACAUUCUGAAGUCUCGUUGGCCCGAUUCUGGAUCCUGAUUACAAAAUGGGCCAUGGAUAGAUUUGAUGUUCCUAUUGCUGAUGGUGCAUCGAUGUCUUCUGUUGGUACUUUCCAUACCAAGAAGAUCAUAGUCUCAGAUGCAUCAAAAUUCUCCUUCAUUGGCUCUAUCCCGGAGUCAAUGUAUGGCGAUGUGCCAUCUGAUAGCAGGUUGAUUCGGAAGCUCAAGGAGCUAAGGCCAUCUGGUCCAAGGGAACUGACCCCGGAUAUGCUCAAGUCAAUUCACGAUGCAGACAAACCGGUGAGCAGGGGCAAAAAGGCAGAAAAAGGGAAGCAAACGUCCAAAGGUCCAAAGGGACCUUCUCCUAAAAAGCGGAAACAACCGAAAGCCGCACAAUCCCCACCGCCGAAGAAGAGGAAGACCCAACCGAAGCGAAAGCUUGUAAUUCCCUCUUCUUCGAGUGACUCUGAGGGUGAGAGUUCGGGUUCUGACGACUCUCAAGGAGACGCAUCUCCUCAACAAGGAAACACACCACCUCGGUCCCCUACCCCAGAGAUGGAACUUCCCAUUUCCCCAAUUCCUUCCCCUCCUCCAAUCUUUACAACUGCAACCAAAUCACCACAUGCCCAUAUCUACGACCACCACGACCUGCUGCUUCUCACAUAUCUUCCCUCACGAUUAAAAUUGAUUCUAGAAGACUAAUUGACUAGAUGGAGAAAGGGAUUACUCAUAAUAAUAUCUGGUGCUUUUAAAAUUGAGGUAUUUAUGAUUGACACUUUUUGGGUUAGUUACUAAUCAUGGACAAAGUGACAGUUUACUGAUCUUUCUGUCUUUAACGGAUCCUCUGUAUUUGUUGGUUAAAAUUGUCAAUUGAUGGCAUUGGAAAGGUGAAAUUUUAGGAGAAGGACACUUAUCGUUGUUGUAUAAUCAUGUGGUUCCUUUGGCUGAUGCUGAAAAGUUUGCUUCCAUGCUCGAAGCAGAAGUUUCCGAGAGUGAAAGCCAUAUUGUAGGAAGUAUUAUAUACGUGGCCAAAAUUUUGAAAGAGUGUUAUCAAACUGUUUGCUUCUGAAAGGUGAGGCAAGAAGGUUGCAGAAGGAGAUGGAAGUGUAUAAGAAAGUGUUAAAAACUCUAGAGGAGAUUAUACAACAUGCACCCCUUGAGUUCACUAUAAAGUGUUGUGGCUUUGAGAAACGAAUGUUUGGGUAAAACUCCAUGUUUUCUCUAAUUUGAUGUGAAACAAAAAAUAUUAUUGGAUUUUAAUGUAAAUAUAAGUAUUAUUUUUUCAUUGUUGUACGUUUUUCAUCAUUUUUGUUGCAUGAGAUCUGUGUUGUAUCACAUGUUUUAAAAGAUUUUAUGAAGUUUAGAAAGUUUAUACAAAGCC